AUGGGAAGGACUCAAAAGAGAAGUCAAGAGAGAGACCCAAAUCAAGAUCGGACGAUAGGAGAUCGAGGCUUGAGGAGUCAUGAUCCCCGAGACGACGAGCGCAACUACACGCCGUUAAACAAUAACAGGUCCAACGUCCUCAUGUGGAUUAAAGAAAAUGUGAAGAAUGUGGUAUGGCCACCAAAGUUGAAAUCUGAGAUCAGAGACACCAGGAAGUUUUGCAAAUUCCACGAUGAACAUGGUCACGAGACCGACGAAUGCAGGGACUUGAAAGUAGAAAUUGAGAGAAUGAUAGACGCGGGCGAACUGAGAAAUUUCAUCUCCCAUAAAUCAAAAAGCAGUGAUAAAGGAGAAAAGAGGAUCAGGGAUGAUAAAGGCAAAGAAAAGGAAGAAAAAAGGUCGUCCAAGAUUAUAGGGACGAUACACAUGAUUAAUGGGGAAGGUCAUAACAGCUCAACCAUCCGAAGAAGACAAAGGAGAGAAGUAAUGAACAUUAGGGAAACCCAUAUGCCACCAGUGAUUUUUGAUGUCGAAGAUUAUGAGCAUGUGAAAGCCUCCCACAACGACGCUAUGGUGGUUACUGCCAUAAUUGAAAACUGGUAUAUGGAACAAAUCCUCAUACAUGAAGGAAGCGCGGUAAACCUUAUGACAAAUGCUGCAUACAAAAGUUUGGGAGGAACCGCGACAAAAUUGCGCCGAGUCUCGAUUCCAUUAUCUGGACUCGGUGGACCCUCUAUAAAUCCACUUGGCGCUAUGACUUUAGAAGUUGUAAUAGGGCCAGAGAAAGGAAUCAAUAAAAAGAUCAUGUCCCUGUUCAACAUAGUAGACAUGGAGCUGACUUAUAACGCGAUCCUUCGCAGACCCUUCAUUCAUGAUUCGGCUGCAAUCACCAAUAUAAGAGCACUAGCUAUGAAGGUUCCAACUGAGAAGGGAAUAGUGAUACUAAGAGGAGACCUGAAUAUCGCCAAAAAAUGCUAUGACGAGUUUGUUGUUGACCUUCAAGGAAGUAAGAAGGAAAAGGAGGAAGAGUAG